GAGCAGGCAGUGACCUCACGGCGCCAUAUUAAAAUGCUCCCUCCUCUUUGCCUGUGAGAUCGUAGCUUAGCUGCAGCAGCUAGCCGCCAGUCUGCUUUUUACAUCCACAAGACUGACAGAGGGCAACGACGUGAUGGAAAUUGACUCGCUUCAAGAGGCACUCAGAGAUUUUGAUAAGACUGCAAAGAAGGAGGCAUCUCCUCUUCUGGAACAGUUUCUAUGUCACAUUGCAAAGACUGGAGAGACCAUGGUUCACUGGUCUCAAUUUAAGAACUACUUUCUGUUUAAAUUGGAGAAGGUGAUGGAUGACUUCAAAGCCUCAGCACCUGAGCAAAGAGGUCCUGCAAAUCCCAACGUGGAGUCAAUUCCAUUUGAAGAUAUGAAGGAGAGAAUCCUGAAGAUUGUGAAGGGAUACAAUGGAAUUCCAUUUACAAUCCAGCGCUUAUGUGAGCUGCUCACAGAACCCAAGAGGAACUACACAGGAACAGAUAAGUUUCUUCGGGGGGUGGAGAAGAAUGUAAUGGUGGUAAGCUGUGUUCACCCAACCUCAGAGAAAAAUGGAUGCAGUGCCGUCAAUAGAGUGAAUGGAGUGAUGCUUCCUGGGAACACAUCUGCUUUUACAGAGAGGAAAGUGAACGGUCCCGGAACUCCCCGGCCGCUGAACCGACCAAAGUUGUCUCUGGCCAACUCACUAGCAGCUAAUGGCCUGCCAGACAGCACAGACAACAAAGACCUCAACACAGAGCAAGAAGGCGACAAAGACUCAAGUGAGGUUUCAGCGUCAGGAGGUUCCUUGGGGAGCUCAGUGAAGAACAAACACCCAGACGCAGAAGAGGACAUGGAAGCCGAGCAGCAGGAGGUGAAGAGACUUAAGUUUAGCAAGGACGAGGAGGAAGACGAAGAUGAGGAGGAUGAAGAGGAAGAGCAGGAGGUGGACACACUGAGACCUUUACAUGCUGCCUGCCUCUCAAAAGAGGCAGAAGCCAUGGUCCAAGAGGAAGAGGAGAAAGUCGGGUACAGCAAAGAAAAUGAAGCCUCCAGCAGUGUUGCUGCCGCUGAAGACCAAGAACCAACAAGCAGCACCCAGGCUGAGGUGUGUGCAGGCUCAGGUCAGGAGGCUGAGCGGGCUGAGAGGGAGGUGCCAUGUGGCUCCCAGGAGGAGGGUAGUGACAUGGAUCAGACGGAGCAGCAGGCACCUGCAGGUGUCCUGGAGAGUCCUGAGACCAGCAGGGACAGCGAGGAGAGCAACAGUGACCCAGUCAGCAGCAGCAGUAGCAGCAGUGGUAGCAGCUGUAGCAUAGAGGAGAGUGCAGAAGCAGACAGAGAAGACAUAGCUCUCACUCCCUCCAGCAGUACAACUGAACCUCCUACAGAGAGCGCCAUGGAAAGUGCCGUCUUGAACACUGGGACCACUGAGGAGCCCAUGGAGCAGGACUAGACUGAAGGCCCCCUUGCAGCCAUGUGUGACCAUAAACCAGCUUGUCCUUGAAUCCAGCUUGACUGUCACUGGUAAUGAGGAUAACUGCACCUCAUACACAAGACGAACGCCUCGUCCUGCUUUUGGAAACUCCUCCAAAAUGGCGACCUGGCAUUGAUGUGGGCAUACAAAUAAAUUUUCAUUUGAAGUUUUUUUUUUUAAACAUUUUUUUUAUUAUUUUAACUGGAAUAUUUUAUUGAUCUUCUUAUCCUCUGCUUUAAAGUUUCCCUUAAAGGGGGUUGGUUUCAGCUGCCUUGAGUUUCUUGGCUGGAUUUCUUCUUUUUUUUUUUUUUUUAUUUUUUUUUUUUUAUUGGGCAAUGGGGUUGUUUGGAUGCUUGGGUGGUCUGGUUCUUUUCUUAUGCCAUUCACUCCAACCAUUUUGACAUGACAAGAUUGGUAGUCUACGUUUUGUACGCGUUAAGCCCAGUGUACCACACUACCAGGGUCAGAACAGAGCCUGACCAGCCCCUCAUUAUUUAUGAAAUUGUUCAAGAUAUGAGCUGCCACCACCAUUUCUGUUCCUGGCUGAAGAUCAUGUAAAAAUGUUCUUUAGUCACGCAAUGACCUGAACUUAACACCCCACCACCAUGUUGUUACUCCACCAAGAUCCACCAGGCAGUUGAGAACAUAAAUUGUUUUAAAAUUAAUUUCUCCAUCCUUGUGAGAUGGGAGACUAUUUUUUUUUCCAUUGUGUCCUUAUAUUAUUUUAACCAUAUUUUUGCAAUGAUACACUACCAAUCCCACUGAACAAUACUAUGACAUGCUACCUUGUAGAGGCGUCUUCUGUAAAAUUAUAUAUUUUGGAUGCAUAAAACCACCAUAAUUUAUAUGAUCAAUUCAAUGAGUUAUUUUGGAGUAUGUUUUUGUUUCGUCUGCCAGUUGUAGUUUCCAAUACCAGCUGUAAGUACAAAGAUGACUUCUGCUUUCUUUGUAUCGUGAUGUCACCAUGUUGUCUCACCGACCGAUAUCCAGAGCAGUUUCUGGUUCCAGUUCUACACCUGUUUCUGCAGCUGUACUUUUUGAUAUUUAGAAUUUUAAAUUUCUGUAAAGUAGAUUUUUGUAGAUUGUAAUACAGUAUGUGUUCACUGCCUUUGUGAAACCAUAUAUUAUUGUAUAAUUUCUGUGUAUGCUCUGAAUGCUUUUGCUUUCAGUGCGGUAUUCAGAAACAGCAAUAAAUGUUAACAUUUUUA